GCAUGCUAGCUAGAGCGCUUCCUUCAAAACAUACACAAGACAGGUGUGUCAGGAUGGAGGAGGAAUUAAAAUGUCCUCGGUGUUCGGGAUUUUUCUGUGAUCCUCUAGUGCUUCCGUGCUCCCAUUCUUUGUGUACAGGAUGUGCAGAAAAGAUUCAGGAACCGUCACAGAAUUUUAUUUCCCAACUUGAGGAUCCUACUACACCUGUCAUAGCCGAUUCGGAAACGAAAGACUUUCCCGACAUUGACAAAGUUAGCCUUGUUAGUGAAACGGACAGUGGAGUUGUCUGUAAUAGUAGGCCUAACAGUUAUGUCGGGACAGCCAGCAUAUCCAACAUAUUCCAGGCAGUGCAGGGAAGUGUAUACGGAAUUAAAUGUCCCGUAUGUAAGAAAAAUGUUUUCUUGGAUGAAAAUGGUCAUCAUUCUUUACCCAAAAAUAAAGUUCUGGAAAUUAUUGUUGACAAGUAUUGUGGUGAUCAUAAUAAAAAGGUCAAUGUUUUUAUUAAAUGUGAAUUAUGUGACCAAGAAAACAAAGCAGCUUCUAUCAUGUGUGAACAAUGUGAAGUAUUUUAUUGUGAAAACUGCAAAAAUAGAUGUCAUCCAUCACGUGGAUCUCUAGCAAAGCACAACCUGGUAGAUCCAGUACAAGGAAAAGCAAUAAUUCGUGCCAAAAAUAAAGGGAAAGAGGCAAAAUGUCGAGAACAUGUGGAAGAACAUCUUAGUAUGUACUGCUUAGUUUGUAAAACUCCUGUCUGCUAUGUCUGUCAUCAAGAGGGCCGUCAUGUGAAUCAUGAGGUUCAAGCCCUAGGGGCCAUGUCCAAAUCUCACAAGACGGAAUUAUCACAAACAUUACAAGCCCUAUCAGAACGAGCCAAAGCUGGGACAGAGUUCAUACAACAUAUUCGAGGGAUGUCUGAAAGAGUCCACGGUAACUCUGUGGACUUUGAGGCAGUAGUGGUGGCGCAAUGUGAUGCUCUGAUCGAGGCCAUAAAGUACCGCAAGCAGGAGCUCAUCGAAAGUGUGGCCCAGGAAAAGGACCUGAAGACCCGCGUACUAAAGGACCAGGUGUCUCACUGCACGAGUCUGCUGCAGCGUACCACAGGACUACUACACUUCUGUAUUGAGGUCCUCAAAGAGAGUGAUGCAGCCUCAUUCCUCCAGGUAUCCAGUGGCCUGCUGAGCAGAGUGUCUGUUGCCGACCAAAACUUCAACAAAGAGAUGGAGUUUGUCCCUAGAAUUUCGCCAGAGUUUGAGCUCACCCUUGACAACAAGUCUGUUCUACAUGCCAUACAAACUAUGAACUUCUUCCAAAUGAAAGAGGGUGUCGUCGCGCCUAACAAACCUAUGAUCCUCCCGGGGAGCUGUAGUGCUGAGAACAACAGUGUGACCAUCGCCUGGCAACCACACAUUGGCAAUGUCGUGGAGAACUACUCCCUAGAACUGGACGAUGGCAACGGAGGCGACUUUAGGGUAGUGUAUGUUGGAAGAGAGACAAUUUGCACUGUCGAUGGUCUCCACUUCAACAGUACGUACUUUGCCCGUGUGAAGGCUAGCAACCAUGCUGGUGACAGUGACUACAGCGAGCCAAUCAGCUUACAGACAGCAGAAGUUGCCUGGUUCCAGUUUGAUCCGUCUGCCUCCCAUCCAGACAUCAUCUUCUCAAACGAGAACUUGACUGCCACUUGUAACAGUUUUGACCACCGUGUCAUCCUGGGAAGUACAGGAUUCUCAAAAGGUGUCCACUAUUGGGAGAUUGUUAUAGAUCGCUAUGACAACCACACAGAUCCAGCUGUCGGCAUCGCACGAUUUGACAUUGACAAAAUGAUGAUGCUUGGGAAGGAUGACAAGGGCUGGGGUAUGUACAUCGAUGACAGUCGAAGCUGGUUCAUGCACCAGGACAGUCACAGUGACCGAACAGAGGGCGGAAUCAAGUGUGGUAGUGUUAUUGGGGUCUUACUCGACCUUGACAAACGCAUGCUCAGUUACUACGUAGACGAGGAACCUCACGGACCAAUUGCCUUUACCAACCUCCUCGGAGUCUUCUUCCCCGCCAUCAGCAUCAACAGGAAUGUGCAGGUGACACUUCGGACCGGCAUUGAACCCCCAGUCGAGAGCGACCAUGAAGACGAUUCCACUUAGGUCAUCAAGAAUCUCAAAAAUCUCCGAUCUCCAUCAAAAAUUCCUGUUCUGAAUCAUGAAUUCUUCUGUUGGCCACAUCAAAACCAGUAUUUGCCAAUGUAUCAAAAUUAAUGAGGUUUAAGACAGUGAAAUACAUCUAUGUAUGAACAAUGAAAUCCUCAGAAUUCUGUGAAGGAUGAUUAUAUUCAAGUUCUGUGUGUCCAAGAAUUCUGCAUGAAUCCAUGUACCGCUGUUCACUACUGGUUUUUUCAGUUCAUACAGAAAGACAUUGAAUUGUCUAAAUUUACAACUCUGCCAAAAAGCUGUGCAUUAAACAGAUGACCAAAAAAAUAAUGAAGCAGUUUGUGUUUGUGAAUUUAAUGGCAUUUAUUGGUUGUCAUAUUUAGUGCUUUGUUAUAAAAAAAAAAGUUCUAUGUGUAUCAUUCAGUUAAGGGGAGGUAACUGCAAUAAAGAUGGUGUGUUAGUUCUACUGCUGAUGGCAGUAGGUUGAGUGUUAGUGUAGCAGUCAACACAUUGUAUAGAUCACAAUGUGGGUGGCCAUUGUCUUUGCAGUAUUAGAAAUAUUCAUCACUAUGCAAAGGUUUACAUUCAGCAUUCAUGUACAUUAUUAACGAAACCAAAAUCGUUUCCUUUUUCUAGUCAGUAUUUUUUUUUUAAAUUUUUUUUUAGUCUUUUUGAAAUCCUCAUAUAUAGAUCUUGUAACGAUUGUUAAUUUUAUUUGAUACCUUGUUUUACUUUACUUGAACAUUUUAUAACCUACAUUAUCUUAUCAAGUCUAUUAAUUAACUAAUGAGAACAUUUGUGUUAAUGUUGAUGUGUUAUACAAUCCAAUCAUGUGUCUAUUGUCAAAACAAAAACCAAUAAUUCACCUUUAUGUUUUAAAAUAGGAUAUGAUUUGAUAUCAAGAUAUUAGAGUUCCAAUUUUUGUGAAAAAAAAAAUGCUUGGGAUUUGUUUCAACUUACCAAUACAUUCUGCUAAGAUAUGUUUGUCUUAUUUUGUUUUACUGUAAAAAUCAAAAAUCAAUUAUACAGUGAAGUUUUAUAUGAAUUUUAACAUGGAUUCAUAUAAAAUAUUUAUAUUAAUACAUAAAUGUUUAAUACAAGCAAGAAAGACAUUGUUAUAUAGUUUUUUGUACAUGUUGAAUGAUAAGGAAAAUACCUGCUAUAAAAAUGGCUUUAUCAGUUCUGUGAGAAUGGUAGCUUGUAACUGAUUCACUCUCUAAGUAAGAUAAAUUAUAUUUUUGUAGCUCUUGGCCAUAUAGAAAAUUCAUGUGGCUACAAAAAUAUACUUGCUUUAUUUGGUUGGUAUUAUUAAACUUUUUUUUUCAAAUACGACUGGCUUGUGGUACCAUAUAUUUGAUAAAUGCUUUUUUUUUUUUAAAUAAGAAGGAAUCUUGUAAUGAAAUGUUCUAUUUUACUGUAAUUUUGAAGAAGAAAAAAAAGAGGUUGUGAUUGAUAAAUCAAGAUUUUAUUUUAAUUUCAAUAUUAUCAAGAAAUAUUUUAAUAAUAGAGCAUUUCUGACUUUAAUUUUGUACAUAUGUGUUUAUUUAUUUUUUGAUCCAUAGUUUGGUUUGAUGAUAAUAUAAUCAUGCAUUAUAUGGUAAUGUAAUCAUACAUUAUAAUGCCCAUAAGUUCUUCAUGUUUUUCACUUCAUCAUAUAAUUAAUUUGACAACUGCAGUUUGUGGGGAAGUACAAGGGGAGAUAACUGCUGUGUGGUAGACAGUCUUGUACAUACAACAACCACAAAUAUUAGAUAAUAAAACUAUAAAACACA